UAAAUAAUCGGAUCCGACUUUCAUUAUUAUCAAAUAACCAAACCAAACCAAACCAAAAGUCUAGUUUACAAGUAAAAUACAGAUCACUCAUCAUUCUCGACACUUCUCUCUCUCUCUGUAAUCUGCAUCAUCACUCUUCUUAUCUCUUUUCUCCGACCAAAGUCUCUUCUCUCUCCUGUCCGAGACUAGACAUGGACGCCGCGACCGCGAGUUUGAUCCAAUCUCCCAUCUUACCGCAUGAAACUUCCCGCAACGGUACUGGAUCUAUGUUCCUUACAGCCAGUAGCCCUGGGUUCACACCUUCUGCUUCAAAACUUCAACUUCGAUCAAAGCAAAACGCGUUCACUAAAUUCUCAAAACCGUUAAUAACACCUUCCAAAAUUCGAAGAAGUUUCGUGGUUAGAGCUUCAGCAUCUGAUGACACUUCCUCCAAACCAAUCGCGCCGCUUCAGUUACAGUCUCCUGCUGGUCAGUUCCUCUCUCAGAUUCUGGUGAGUCAUCCUCAUCUCCUCCCUGCUGCUGUUGAACAACAGCUUGAGCAGCUCCAAACCGAUCGUGACUCUCAGGGACAGAACAAAGAUGCAUCAUCCCCCCUACCUGGAACCGACAUCGUUCUCUACAGGAGAAUCGCUGAGUUGAAGGAGAACGAGAGACGUAGGACAUUAGAAGAGAUUCUAUACGCAUUAGUUGUUCAGAAGUUCAUGGAAGCUAACGUAUCACUUAUACCAUCAAUGACACCAUCAUCAUCAGAUCCAUCUGGUCGUGUUGACACUUGGCCGAUCAAAGUAGACAAACUCGAGCAGCUUCACUCUCCCGAGAUGUACGAGAUGAUUCACAACCAUCUAGCGUUAAUCCUCGGAAGCAGAAUAGGUGACUUGACUUCUGUCGCACAGAUAAGCAAACUCAGAGUUGGUCAAGUCUACGCUGCUUCUAUCAUGUAUGGUUACUUCUUGAAGCGUGUGGACCAGAGGUUUCAGCUUGAGAAGACCAUGAAGCUUCUUCCCGGUGCUGGUGGAGCUGAUGAAAGUAAAACAAGCGUUGAGCAACCAGAGGACGUGACGUCUCCUCACCCAGAGGUUGGUUCAUUUGCGGGUGGAGUUAGUGCUAAGGGCUUUGGGAGUGAGAUUAAACCGUCUCGGUUAAGGACUUAUGUGAUGUCGUUUGAUAGUGAGACGCUUCAGAGAUAUGCUACCAUUAGGUCAAGAGAAGCGGUUGGGAUUAUUGAGAAGCAUACUGAGGCGUUGUUUGGUAAGCCUGAGAUUGUGAUUACACCGCAGGGGACGGUUGAUUCAUCCAAGGAUGAGCAGAUAAAGAUCAGCUUUGGUGGAAUGAAGAGGCUUGUCUUGGAGGCUGUGACUUUUGGGUCGUUUCUUUGGGAUGUUGAGAGUCAUGUAGAUGCUAGGUACCAGUUUGUACUGCUGAACUAG